AUGAAUAACAAUUAUACUUCACCAUUCGAUGAUUCUCAAUUAUAUGAUGAAGAAUAUGAUCCAAAUAAAACUUAUACUUCAACUUCUACUUCAACUAAUCAUCAACAACAACAACAACAAUCUAAUAGAAACCCUGGCAACAGUUUACCGAAAUUACAUAUAAUAACAGAUGAACUCCCCAAGAGAAACUCGUAUCAUUCUGAUAAAAUAUCAAUACGGAGUAAUAAUCGAUUAAGUGUCAUAAGUCAUCAAUCGUCAUCUCCUAGAUCUUUACAAUCUCCUAAUUUACAAAUUAACACCGAUGAUGACUUGAAAGAAUUUAAAGAAGGUUUAAAUUUUGCCUUAGGUAGUGAUAAUAAUGAAGCUAAUUGGUUUCCAGUCUCUAAAAAGACGUCAAGAAGUCUAUCAAAUGAAAAUCAAGAAAAUUUUACAAAUGAAAUUCCAUUACAAGAUAUGACUAGUACUCAAUCACCAAUGAAAAAUCUAAGAUCUCCAUUUGAUGAUGAUGUUAAAUCUCAAAUCUCAAGUCCCGUUCAUUUACAUCCACAAUUGACUCCAUAUCAUCUAGAAUCUGGUAUAAUUCAACAAGAUGAAAAUACAUCACCAACUAGAAUUAAAGAUGCUAUAUCUCGAAUAUCUAAUCGUAUAGCAGGUACUGGACGGCAAAACACAGAUGAUGAUUUGAGCAUUAUUGAUACAAAUUCAUUAAAAACACCAUUACAUGAAACCAAUUCAUUUUUUGAUUCUCAUAGUUUGAAAUCUCCAAUAAGGAGUAUUAAUCAAUCAAUUCCAGAUUUAACAAUCACCGACGAAAAUGAGGUAACUGAAGGUUUAGGUUUAUCCUAUGACCAAGAAGAGAAACCAGAAUUUGAGAAACCAGAAUUUGAGAAUCUAGAAACAAUGCAUUUAUUUGGUAAUUCAUUAAGAAUAUUUUCACCAAAAUCAAAAAUACGACAAUAUUGUUAUAAAUUAUUAGAUUCAAAUUUUAAUGAUAUCUUUUUCCUCAUUGUUUUAAUUUUACAAGUUGCUUUAUUAUCUUAUAGACAAUGGAAUCCAUCAAAAUUAAAUGGGUACUUUUACACUGGUUAUAAUUGGGCUGAUUAUUUAUUAGUUAUAAUUAAUAUAGUUUAUACAAUUGAAAUAUUUGCUAAAAUGAUAGCAUAUGGUUUUUAUGAUGAUAGGAUAAUGUUUCAAGAUCUAGGAAUAGCGUAUCCUGAAAAUGAAUUAAAAAAACAAUACUUUAGUCUUUCUAACAUAAUCAAAAUAUUUGAAUAUUUUGGAAUUAAAAAUUUUUGGAAGAAAGAGGAUCCAAUAUACUCAGACCAAAAUUCAAGUGACGAAGUAGAUAUAAAAGAAAUUAACCUAAAUGAAAGUGUUGAUAAUUUAUUAGGUAAGAAAUAUUCAGAACCUAUUAAACUGCAUCACUAUUCAAAAUCAAAUAUUAAACCAAUUGGAAAAACAAAUACAUUUUUCAAACCACAAAUACAGAAAACUUUUGAUACCCUCAAACUUAAAAGAGCAUUUAUGAGACAUAGUUGGCAUAGAAUAGAUUUUAUAUCCAUGGUUUGUUUUUGGAUUUCUCUAUUAUUAUCAAUUAAUCAUUAUGAUGCAAAUCAUCAUAUUAUGUUAUUUAGAUCAUUAAGUUGUUUAAGAAUUUUGAGGUUGUGUAAUUUAACAACAGGUACCACAACUAUCUUAACUGCUUUAAAAAUUGCCAUACCUCAAUUAAUUGAUGUUUCUAUUUUCAUUGGUUGUUUUUGGUUAUUUUUUGGAAUUAUUGGUGUUCAAUCUUUUAAAUCUUCAUUAACUAGACAUUGUGUAUGGACAAAUCCAAAUAAUCCAGAUGAAUCAUGGAUAAAUGAUGAUUCUUAUUGCGGAUCAUUUAUUGGAUUACAAGGUCAGCCUAUGUCUUAUCUAGAUAGACAAGGGAAUAGUACUGGUGUUAUUAAAGGUUAUAGAUGUCCAAUGUAUUCUCAAUGUAUUUCUGGUGAUAAUCCAUAUGGUGGAACAGUUAGUUUUGAUAAUAUUUUACAAAGUUUAGAAUUAGUAUUUGUUGUAAUGAGUGCUAAUACUUUUACUGAUAUAAUGUAUUAUACAAUGGAUUCAGAUAAUAUGACAGCUUGUUUAUUUUUCAUUGGUUGUAUAUUUGUAAUGACUGUUUGGUUGUUAAAUGUUUUCAUUGCUGUUAUUGUCGCAUCUUUUAAUAUCACACGAUUAGAAGUUGCAGAAGAACAAAAGAAAAAGAAAGAAGGUAGGAAAAUAUUUAAAUUAUUUGGAUUCAGUAAUGAAAAAGUUCAAUUACAUGAAGAAAGGAUUGAAUUUUUGAAAAAACAAAAUAUAUUUUUGAGGUUGUAUUACAAAUUUGAGUUUUUAUUAGUUAUUGCUGUCUUUGUAAGUUUAUUUGUUCAAUGCUUUAGAAGUUAUUAUAUGUCAGAGACAAGAAGACAUGUAAUUUAUCGUUUUGAAUCUGGUUUCACUGCUGUUUUCUUAGCUGAAAUAAUUAUAAGGUUUUUAAUACAUCUUCCACAUUGGAGAUUAUUCUUUCAAUCAAAGAGAAAUAUAUUUGAUUUAUUCCUUGCUAUUAUAACAUCAAUUAUUAUCCUAGGUCCAGUUAAAAAUAGACUUGGACAUGCCUAUUAUUGGCUUACUGUUUUUCAAUUAAUGAGAUUCUAUCGUGUUGUUUUAUCAACUUCAAUUACAAGAAAUUUAUGGUUAAAAAUUAUGGGUAAUUUCAAGGCAAUUUUCGAUUUAGCUUUAUUUUAUUUCAUUUUAUUAUUUCUUGUAUCUGUUAUCUUAUCAAGAUAUUUUGAAGGUGUAGUUCCUGAAUCUGAUUUAGAUGAUGUUGACUUCCCCAUGAAUAAUUUACCAGCUUCAUUUAUUGCAUUAUAUGUAAUUACCUCAACCGAAAAUUGGACUGAUUGUUUAUUUCAUUUACAAGAAUAUGCUACAACUACAUCUUCAAGAUCAUUUGGGUCCGUUUUUUUAAUUGCUUGGUUUAUAUUAUCUAAUUUUAUUAUAUUAAAUGUUUUCAUUGCUGUUAUUGCUAAAACUUUGGAAGUUUCAGAAGAAGGUAAACGAAAACAACAAUUAUUACAAUUUAUAGAUAUAAUGUCAAAUAAAUUACAAAAUAUAGCUACUGAAUCAAGUUUAUUAAGUAAAAUAAAAAAAAAAUUAUUCAAAAGGAAUGAAGUUCGAGAUGAAUUGGAAAAAGCAGUCAUUAAUUUAUUACUUUCAGGUACUGCCGUAAAUGAUUUUUUGGAAACUGAAAGAGAAAGAAUCCAUAUUGAUGAUGAUGAAUCAAUUAGAGAAUUACAUUCAUCGAGUUGGAAAAGAUGGUUUCAAAUAAAUUUUUGGAGAACUUUAAACAUAUUCCAAAAUCCAUUUUAUGAUAAAGUUCAAAAUAAUCAUAAAGUAACACUUGAAAAUUUUGAUCCUGCCAAUUUUGCACAACAUAUAAUGAAGGAAAGGAAAAACAUGUUGAAUAAACAAAUUCAAUUUCUUAAAGAUAAUCCAAGAUAUAAUUAUGUUUUUUAUAUUAUCGCUCCUCAACAUCCAUUAAGACGAUUAUGUCAAAGAUUAGUCAAACCAAGUCAUGGCGAUAGAAUAGAUGGUGUUGAACCAUAUAAACCUGUUUCUGAAGCUGUUGUUGUAUUAAUGUUUUUAGCUACUAUUGCAUUAGUUGUAUUAACUUGUUAUAUGACACCAAUUUAUAGACUAAAUUAUGAUGGUAUAACAUGGAUUUUUUGGUCUGAAUAUUCAUUUGCAUUGGUAUUUACAGUUGAAUUUGCAAUUAAAGUACUUGCAGAUGGAUUAAUAUUUACACCUAAUGCAUAUGUUAGAUCUUCAUGGAAUGUAAUUGAUUUAAUUGUAUUAAUUUCAUUAUGGAUUGAAGCUAUUGCAUAUUUAAAAAAUGAUGGGAAUUUAUCAAGAAUUGUUCGUGGUUUAAAAGCUCUAAGAGCAUUAAGAUUAUUAACUAUAAGUGAAACUGCAAAAGCAAAUUUUCAUAAUACAAUGAUUGCAGGAUUUGGUAAAAUUAUCAAUGCUGCUAUAAUUUCACUUUGUUUAUUAUUUCCAUUUUCAAUAUGGGGUUUAAACAUUUUUAAUGGUAGAUUAGGUUAUUGUCUUGAUGGAGAAUCGACAAUGAAUGAAUGUUUUAAUGAAUAUCAAAAUGAAGUAUUUAAUUGGGAUGUAGUAAGUCCAAAUGUUUAUACACAUCCACAAUUAAAUUUUAAUAAAUUUAGUUCUUCAUUUGCUUCAUUAUUUGAAAUUGUUUCAUUAGAAGGUUGGUCUGAUUUAUUAAAAAAUCUUAUGGAUAGUACUGGAAUUGGAACUGUACCAAGUACUAAUGCAACUCCAUUUAAUGGAUUUUUCAUUGUUUUAUUUAAUUUUAUUAGUAUCGUUUUCAUUUUAACAUUAUUUGUUUCUGUUAUUAUUAGUAAUUAUUCAAAAACUACAGGUAGAGCAUAUAUGACAACUGAUCAAAUAUCAUGGUAUCAGGUAAAAAAGAUAUUAGUUCAAGUCAAACCUUCAAAAAGAAAAAAGCCGGAAAAUUUAAAAAUGAUUAAGAAAUUCUGUUAUAAAAUGACAGUUGAAAGGAAUUUAAUAUGGAAUAGGAUAUUAAAUAUUAUAUUAUUCUUUCACGUUGUUGCUUUAUUAGCUGAAUGUUUCCCAAGUUCAAGUGGAUUAAAUACAUUUAGAACUGUUAUUUAUGAAAUUGCGUCAAUUCUGUUUUUCCUAAAUGCUGUUAUGUUAUUAAUAGGUCAAGGAUUUAAAACUUUCUUUCAUUACAGAUGGAAUGUGUUCAACUUUUUAAUUUCGUUUGGUGCUUUUAUAACUACCCAAAUUUCUUUCAAAAUUGAACCAAAUUCACCGUUCUUCAAUUUUAAUAAAUUAUUUUUAGUUGCAAUUUUAUUAUUCAUUAUUCCCCGAUCUGAUAGAUUAAGUCAAUUAUUAAGAUUUGCUUCAGCUUCAUUACCUUCCCUAAUUGCUUUAUCAUUUACUUGGAUAAUUGUAUUUCUUGUUUUUGCAAUUGCAAUGAAUCAAUUUUUUGGAUUAACUAAAAUUGGACCUAAUGGAUCAAAUAAUAUAAAUUUAAGAUCAGUUCCAAAAACUUUAAUUGUUUUAUUUAGAUGUUCUUUUGGUGAAGGUUGGAAUUAUAUAAUGGAAGAUUAUACAUUAUCACAACCAUUUUGUACAAUUGGUGAUAAUAUAGAUCGAAAUGAUUGUGGUUCAAAACAAUAUGCAUAUAUUUUAUUCAUUGCAUGGAAUAUAAUAUCAAUGUAUAUUUUUUUAAAUAUGUUUGUUUCAUUAAUUUUAGAUAGUUUUGAUUAUAUUAAUCACAAAUCAAGUUACUCACAAUUAAUACAAAGAGAAGAACUUAGAAAAUUUAAAAGAACAUGGCAAAAAUUUGAUCCUCAAGGAACAGGAUAUAUUAAACCAAUUGAAUUACCAAAAUUAUUACAUUCAUUACAAGGUUCAUUAUCAUUUCAUUUUUAUACUGGAUCAUUAGAAAUUAAAGAAUUGUGUAAAAAUUGGAUCACAAGAAAUUCUCCAAAUAAUCCAUAUGAUUUAACUUUACAUUAUGAAGAAUUAGAUAAAAUACUUUCUCAAAUGGAUAUUCCCAAAAUUAGAGAACGUAGAAAAGCUUAUGAAAUGUUUAUUGAAGAAGCUUUAUUAACUAUGGAAUUAAAUGAAGAUCCAGGUAUAUCAUUUACAAGAAUUAUAUUACAAUUACCAUUAUAUACUACGUUUGAUACUGGUAAAUGUUUUAAUCUUAUUGAUUAUUUAGAAAGAAGAUUAUUAUUACAAAAAGUGGUUAAACGCUUGAAUACAAAACGUGUUUAUGAAACAAUUGCAACUUAUGCAUGUAGAUGGAAAUAUAAAAAGGAUCAAAAUUUAGGAAUUAGAGAUGAUAAUAUUGCAUUUGAUUCACAAUUGAAAAGAAAUAGUUAUUUAACAAAUGAUAAAUUGUUGAUAAAUCAAGUUCCAACAAUUUUUUUAAAUGAACCAGAGGAAGAACCAAAACCAUCAUCUUCACCUUCACCUCCUCAUAAUCCAUUUGAUGAUAGUAUGUCAAGUGGGGUUUAUUUUCCAAAUUCACCAAUUUUACACAUGAAAGAUAAACUGAAACCAAAAUUAUCUAUAGAUAUACCCCAAGAUGAAAUAACUGUGGAUACAGUUGAAGAAUUUAUAGAAAGUUCAUCUUGGAAAGAUACUUUUGGUGAUAUAAGUAAAAAAGAUAAAUAG